AUGAAAUUUUUCGCUGCUCUCCUCGCCGCCGCUCAAGCUCAAACUGACGCUGCUGAUCGAAUGGCUGUUAUUCAGGACAAUAUUGCUAAUUUGACAGCGCCAAUGCCAACUGUAAACAGCGGCUCUCGAUUCACAGCCAAAUUCGUUAACCGACUCGCAAAGCUUACCGAAGAAAUGGUCAACAACACCAACGCUUGGGGAACUGCCUGUGAUGAAGGAUCAGGAGCAGGAUCUGGAGAUGGAGCUCAAGGGGAUGAUAUCUUUGCUUUCAACACUGGAGACGCGCCGGAAGACAAAUGCCAGUUGAACAAGCAAAUCAACCGGGCUUUGAACUCAUACGUCCGAAACUACGUUUGCUCUGGCCGAGGCAACUACGUCUCCCGAACUAUCCGACGACUCCGAAAGGUCAAAAACUGGUACAACACCAAGUACGACUGCGCCAUCUAA